AUGGAUCAUCAAUCUUCCCAUCCUCUGGAAAAUCUUGUUUCUCUACUUGACUCUAAAAUACAAACUAGAUCCAAAACAAGAAAUCUAAUUGCGUAUUCAGCCUUUAUGUCCACUAUCGAACCUAGGAACAUCAAAGAGGCCUUAAAGGAUGCUGACUGGGUAACAUCAAUGCAGGAAACACUUCAUCAGUUUGAAACGAGCAAAGUGUGGCACCUGGUCCCCAGACCUCUCAAUAGAACCAUUAUAGAGACUAGAUGGGUUUUCCGAAACAAGCUUGACGAGCAUGUAACCAUCACCAGAAACAAAUCAAGAUUAGUGGUACAAGGGUAUAAUCAAGAGGAUGGGAUUGAUUAUGAUGAGACCUUUGCACCUGCAGCCAGAAUGGAAGUCAUCAGAAUUUUAAUAGCUUUUGCUACUUAUAUGGAGUUCAAGCUGUUUCAAAUGGACGUCAAAAGUGCCUUCCUGAUGGGUAUCUGA